UUCAUAUCAGCCAAAAAGACAAAAGUCCCUUAGAACUACUGGCAAUAAAAACGUCAAUACCCAGCAUAUUUUCGUAUGGUUUGGAUAGUCUGCAAAAUCCAAGCUGUGAAGGUGAUAUUUUCAACAUCCACACUACAUCUUCAAAUGUGAUCUUCAACUGGACACUAACACCCGAUGGCAAAAACACUUAUUCUAACGUUUCAUUUCGAAUCAACCACAAAGCAGAAGACAAUCUUUCGAUUCAUCGAGCAAUAUUCACGUAUACUAUAUCAUCCGAAUGUCGUCUUUACUUGCGUCGGCAAUCAGUCACAUUAAGCAAUAACGACUUGCCAGCAUUUUCGGAUUGCCGAAUUUGGUUUCCUGCGCCCAAUGAUGGGCAUGGACUGGUUGCAGAACUGGUUCGGCUGAACAUUCCUUGCACCAAGGGAUACGUGCAUUUUACUGGUCCCAACCAGACCCAGUUUCACCAAGGAAGGAUGUCUCAUAAACUAUGUGGUAAAUUAGAGGAGCUAGCCGAGCCAGAACGGAACAUUUACUUUCCAGAAACCAGCAAAUCGCAACCUUUUAUGCAUGUGCACGGAAAUCCCACUUUUUCCAUUUUGUACCGUCUAGUGGACUACUGCUAUAACAUCACUUUCAUUAACCGUGUUGGGGAAGUAGAACUGAAGCCGACGAACCGGCUCCAGUGCACGUUCAGGAUAUACAUGCCCUAUGGGAAUAGGGUUGCACUCAAAUUGCAAAUUGGCGACAGUGCUGCAAAAGAAAAAACGGACACUUUGCUCAACUUCCAAGACCUAAAAAAUGGAAUCAGCCCAUGCGACGGCCUACUAACCGAGAUCCAUGAUGGUGACGCCCAUUGGAGACGGUGCACAAAAAAGGGCGACCAGGAGCGGCAAAUCGAUAUUCUCUCGAAAGAGAACAAAAUAGUCUUGAAGGUGGUUCAAGAGUCCGAAACGUCGCAGAGCUUGUUAAAGUUGAGAAUGUCCUAUCGGGCUGAACCUGUUGAAGCAAUUGUGGGGUUGUGCGAGUUCGGAUGGGUGGCAAUGCGUCAAUUUUGUGUUACGGUGGUCGAUACUUUCAAACUGUCCUGGACUCAGGCGGAGAGUGAGUGCAUGAAACGUGGAGGACAUUUAGUGAGUGUGAGGAGCGAACGGGACCAGAGGACAAUAAAUCUGAUGCUUUCCAAUAGCCCCAGAUACCGCGAUAGCAACGCUUACUGGAUUGGUGCCUCUGAUAAAACACACGAAAGCGAUUUUCGAUGGUCAGAUGGACUCACUUUUUCCUAUACGAAUUGGUUUCCAGGAUGGCCUCAACACCAACAUUACAACAAGCAACCCAACGACGAUGGCUUAAGCGAGCAGGACUGCGUGGAGGUUCGAAGAACGUACACUUUGCCUUCUACUUCGGUCAGUUUAGCUCCUGGAUUUAUGUGGAAUGACCGCGACUGUGCCACACUUAAUUACUUCAUUUGCGAAAAGUUACAAAAUGAUGAGCCAUUGGAUGAAAUUUGGUCUCCCGAUUGCAAUCGGACUCUGAGACUUUCCAGACAGGCUCCGAGGGCAGCUAUAUCGAGCCCCGGAUUUCCCAGACAGUAUCCUGAUAAUGCAGAUUGCGAUACGAACAUUAUUUCCCCAUCAGGAUAUAGAAUAAUUCUGGAUUUUGAUGAGUUGGUCAUCGAGAAUGAGCCAAGUUGCAGCUACGACUAUUUGGAGAUCAUUGAACGAUCCGCGAAUGCAUUAGCUUCGAACGUGUCCAAUUUGGGUCGACGUCUCUGUGGCGACUGGAGCACGAAGCUGAAGCUGUUACGCUACGUCAGCCAGAGUUCACGUCUGACUCUGCGUUUUAGUUCAGACUACAGUCACCACUUUGGCGGCUUCAAAGCUCGAGUUUCGAUGGAAAAUGCCAUGCAGUGUGGCGACGAUCGGCUCCACAUGUUCAACGACGCCUGUUACUUAGUGGUUAAUUAUCCAGAGGUAACGUGGCCUACAGCUCAGCAAAUUUGCCGAGGCAUGAAAGCUCUAUUGGCGUCCAUUGUCACACCCGAAGAGGGAAGAUUUAUAACCACCAUCAUAAGAAAGAACUCCGAAUAUAGAACGAGCGCUCUUUAUUGGUUAGGAGGAAAAGCAGACCCAGCUGCGGACUUUAAGUGGAUGGAUGGAAGUUCAAUGGAUUUUCAAGGGUGGAUUCCGGGCCAAAAACCGUCCGAGAAUGACCUGCUGGACACUGGACAAGAUGCGAGAUGUAUCGGAGUUCAGUGGACUCCUUCACCAACUCAACUUAUGCCUAGUGGUCUCUAUUGGAAGUCUCGGAGAUGCAGCCAAGUAGGAGGAUACGUUUGCAAAAAAAAGCGACAACUUUUGGAUUCAUCGAUCGACUUCAGUAAAACCAUAGAAAGCUCGGGGGGAACGUUGACCACUCCGAAUUAUCCUGAAAAUUAUUAUAACAACUUAGAUUUUUUAGUAAAAAUUAUUGGUCCAGAGAGAACGAGACUGAAAAUAAGAUUCUCUAAAAUCGACAUCGAAUUGCAGUUGGAAUGUCUCUACGACUACGUCGAACUGAAAUCGGUUUCCAGGGGGGACAAAAAGGUCCAGGAAGACGCCAGCAGGUUUUGCGGCACCCACGCUAAACAAAUGGAACGGUUUGACUUCGUUUCUCAAAACAACGAAGCGGAAGUGAAGUUUCAUUCGGAUUAUUCGGUCACCGGAAGCGGUUUUUCGUUGACAUGGGUAGCAGUGGACGUAUCAGCAUGUCCCACUCAAACUUUAACUGCCCGCGAAGGGGUCAUUUUCAGCCCGAACUAUCCAGAUUUUUUACUCGCUCAUCUUGACUGCUCCAUCCUCAUCCAGGCACCUCCGGGAAAACGAAUUUGGCUCGAAUUCACGGACGUCGACCUCGGUCACAACAAUUCGGAAGUGAUAAAUAACAGCAACAAGAAAGAAGCCUCCAUCGAAAUGCAACUGGGCAAAAACCUGAACAGUUUCAAGCCUUUCCAGAUGAGGGAACUUUUAACGGAUGGCAAUUUUAUUUCGUUGGACCAAUUCAUGAACAUAAGACUUCAAACUGGAAAGCAUGCAAUAGGCAGAGGAUUUCGUGCGUCAUAUAGAACCUCUGACGAAGGAUCUAUUGAAGAAAAGAUAAUUUUUCUUGAAAGCAACACUUCGGGUUUUCUUCAGCAUUUAAACUUUCCUCAACGGUCUCCUCCAAAUCUUGACUUCUUGCAACGUUUCAUUGCACCACCUGGUUAUGUGAUUUCCAUGGAGUUUCAUGCAGUAAAACUGAGUCAUUUGGAAUGCAGCAAUGAGAAUGGACUUAUAGAAGUAUUUGAUAGUUAUUCCGAUGCCAAUGGAACGCUUUGGAAAAUGUGCCGUCAAGCCAUCGAUGAACAACGAGAAGACGAUGGGCCUUUUACCAGUCCGGCUAUUUUUAUAAAAUCUUUCCUCAACUCAAUUCAGCUACGACAGAAAAGUGGGAUUCUGGGCAGUCCUUUAAAUGGCACCCUUAAAGUACUGCCCGAUGACCAAUACAAGAAGAAACUCAUCAACUGCGAGCAUAAAAAUGUUGAAUCUUGCAACCCCAAUCCAUGCCAGAAUGAGGGAAAAUGCACGAAUAAGAAAUCGAACAAAAUUUGCCAGUGCAUUGGCCAUUUUACAGGAUUAUUUUGUGCCAUCACGCAAUGCGAUUUAGAGCCAUGUGUGUUUGGAAGCUGCGAGCUUACCAACACCAGUUAUAAAUGCCAUUGCAACAGUGGCUACGUGGGACCAACCUGCGAGCAAAAAAAGAAACCCUGCGAAAGCAACCCUUGCGAAAGUCGAGGCAGUUGCAUCGAGAAGGGCAACGGGUUCCUCUGUAGAUGCCACGCUUGGUGGGAAGGUACCAAGUGCGAGAAACGCAUGCUACACAUUCCGUUUACACCAUUAAGUGAGCGAAUGCUCCAUGAGCCUUUCUGGCUCGGCCUGAUGACGGUCUUCGUUGUGCUGGGAGUCAUCGGAUUGGUCUGGUGUGCGAAAAGGCAUUUUCCCGAAAAAAUCGAAAAACUGCUAGCAGAGGACAGCAAUCGAAGCAGAAUUCACUCAUUGCGUAGUACAUCGGUACGAGAGCAGCUAGCUGCAGCUUCGGGUGCAACAGCUGCAGUCCUGGCUGCAGCAACACCCUCCCCAGGACCGGCGCAGGGACGGUCGAUCUUUGGCCGUUUGGGUAUUCGCAAGCCAUCCAUCCUCAGCCUGACCAGUCCACACGCGAGCUGUGGUGCAGGCGGUUACUCGCCCGCUACGGCCCGAACUUUUAGUUUGGAUGAUUUACUUAAACCUCCCCCGAGACGUAGCCCAUCACCCAAAAAGAAGCGGAACAACUCAACUCCCACCAAGAAGAAUGUAGCCGAAAAGAAGCAAAUCCUCCAACAUCUCAUCUCGCCCGUAAACAAGCACCUGUCGAAGCGGGUCAGUUUAGGCGAACUGAUCCAGAUGAGUGAACACAAAACCAGCGGUAUUCAGUCAGCCCCUUCGGUAAUUAUUAAGGAGACGAAAUUCUCUGACAACGAUCCAGCUUUGGCAGCGUUAAACGAUCCCAAACUGGAAAAGAAAGUCACUUUUGCUCGCUUGCUUAAUAAAGUGAGUGCGGAGAUGAGUUCGGGCUCGGACAUGGAAAUGGGCAUCAUGCAGACCAAUCGUCUGGGUUGCAUUUUUCCCAGGGCUUCCAGCACUCCUCCAUCACCUAGCGUGAUUAACAGAAGUCCGAACAGUACAUCAAGUAAUCAAGGUAAAGGAAGCGCUUCAUUCACCAGCUCCGACCUAGCAAUUCCUAGCGCUUUAAGUGCAAGCGCCUCCGAUCUGUUGAUCGCCAGACGUCAAAACAAGAAUCCAAUAGGCAAACAGAAGCCAGCGAGUGCCGAUUCCAUUCUCGCAAUGUUCCGCAAUUUUUCUUCAAGUUCUGCAGGAGCUAAUUUGCCUUCGUCGCUUAAGCUUUCGCCUUCUUCCACACCAACUGCUUCAAGUCCUCACGAUGAUAUUGUAGGCGACGAUGAAUCGUCGUCUUCCUCCGUGCAUACUCCGGUAUCUUUCUCCAGUGGAGCACCUGAAAGUCCAAUAAUGCACCAUGUUUUCAACCAGAGUACCAUCGAGGUUCCGGUCCUGGAUCCGAUAAGUGCACAUCGAUCGCCUGGCGGUGGAACCAACUUGCUGCAUCCACCAACGAUAUUACUAGAGAUUCCUAGCACAAUCAAUAAGUGCCUUUCUCCCAUUCGGGAGCUGCCGACGCCUCUGCCAUCACCAAUGCCUUCGCCAGCAAUUACGCCCAUCAUGCGCAGAAGUCAGUCACCGAUAGCUAGAAGAGCUGCGGCUCAAAUUUCCGCAUCUUCGCUUGAUGACUUGGAUAACAGCGAUGAUAAGAUAUCCAUGGAAAUUCCCAAUAUUUCCAUAAGUGGUAGCGAUGACGAGGACUUGAGGUGUCCAGACAUCGCAAUCGAUCCUCAGGCUGAAGAUGGUCUUAUUUUUGAGGAAGCAGCUGCUAUGCAACAUAGUGCCUUAUAUAAGAUAAAGAAUCGCCCAUCUCCACUAGUGCACAUCAACGACCAACCAAAAAGCCCCAACAGCGUCCCACCCUUAGUUAUUCCGACAUUAACCAUCGAAACACCAUCACCAACUCGUAAAACACCCACUUUACUGAUUCCGGGAUCACCACCGCCUCAACGGUCGCACCCGCACCACCAAGAAAGCGCCUUCCAGUUUCCUACCGGCACCAAGUCGGGCCGAAGAAUGUUCAAGGACUUCGAAAAACCAACUUCACUAGACUUGCCAUGUGCACCUCCUCUUAUAACAGUCACUUGCAAUAUGAGUGAAGCUGAAUCGGAUAUUGAGUCAAUAUCGCCAGCUGUGAAGCUUUCAGGGCGGGGCGGAGCUUCGGGCGGGAUGAGCUACUUAAGUCCAUUUUCAAUGGCACAUCGAGCAGAGCAACACGCGUCUGAGUCCAACCUCAGCUCUUCAGGGUACAGUUCGAUGGCUAGCCCAGGACCUUCUAGAUGUGGGUCUAGCAAUCCUCUAUGUCCAUCGGAGAUGGAAGAUCCAGGACCGCCUGGAUCGGGCCAUUGCCUAAGAAGACAAUCACUUACUCCUGUUCGCAGACCUAAUUCGAACUGCGGAAACGCUGAUAAUACCAGUGGGCAAGGGGACCAACGAAGGGGACGUUCCGACUCGGAAACACUUUCAGAUGACCCGCUGUUAGAGUCGAAUGAUGAGGGAAUUGGAACUGAUCAUAUAGACGAAAAGAUUGAUGAUGGUGAAGUGAAAAGUGCAAAAGAUCUGGAGGUAUUCAUGACAGUUGAAACCAGCGACACCAAGUCGUUGCUUCUAGAUUUGCCUGUGGUUACCAAUUUGAACACUCCACGAGUUGCAAAAUGUGUUACCGUAGACAGCACGAUCGACCGACUGAUUCCUCCUCUAACGACAUCGAUUAGCAAAAACUCACUGCAACUUCCUUCUAUAGUUGUUCAAUUGGACGCUAUAACUGGUGAAAAAUAUUUGAGCCCCAUGAGCUCUCGCAGUGAGAGCCCUUUGAGCGACCGCACAUCUGGGAUGGGUCGCUUUUCGCCAUUAUUCUAUGGGAAGAAUAAAGACUUGCUGCCAUUCACCGACUCGGACGGACUGUACGACUUUCCCAGCUCCGACAAAGUGAAUGUGACCACAAGCUGUCAACAUAAGAAGAUAGGCAGGAAAAGAGACAAACGUGCUCUACGCAGCUGUAAAACCCCCAGCCCGACUAAACAGCAGCAGAACCUGAGCUGGCACAAUCACUUAGAUGUACCAAGUAGUAAGGACCCAUUUUAUAAAGUUCCACCUCCACGGAAACUUAGCCCCAAGCGAAGAUUGGCUAGAACGCAAGUAGUCAGUUCGUCAUCGAGUUCGGACAGCAUCACUUCUACAAGGGAAGUGUUGAAACAUUCAUCAUCCAGUCCCAGUCCCGAUACAAUAAGAUGGUCGUCUCCCAUUGGCUGGACCGAUCAGAAACACCCAAGAUUGGAUGCCACCAAUGAAGACAAGGACGAUUCCAAUCCGAACUCACCAAUGUUGUCUAGAUCACUGGAAUUUGCCAAAAAGCAACCGAAAUAUCAAAAGAUUAGCCGACUUAGAGCCAUUAGUAAUCAGAUUAGAUUCUUAAAGCGACUGGAACAAAGCCUGAAAAGGCGUGAACGUACAGCCAGUCCAGACACCGAUAGUUUCGACAGCGAAGAAGAAUCACCAAUGGUGACCUCACCAUUGCUGCAUCAGUCCAAAGGGCCGAAAGUGGAAAUUCGGAAAAGCAGCAGUAUCGGAAAACUGCAGUCAAGCACGGGUCUUAACAGUAGAACCAAUAAAGGCACGAAAUACAAAGCGUGGGAUUCGUUGCAAGAGCGAAAUCGGGCCACAGAGAUUGGGAUAAACUAUGGGCAGCUGCAAAAAAGGCUUGUAAAUGAGACUGAUUUUUCUACUAUAACUAAGUAGUAUUUGACUUGUUCUUAUGUACGAGUAUAAAUAUGUACAUAUUGCGUUUGAUUCCUAUGUAAAAAUUCUUUCCAAGUGCACUCUUUCCUUAAAGGAAUAUAGGUCUAGCCUUUAACCAACUGUUCGUGCUCUUGCAAAGUUGACAAGUUCAAAAGAAGAAAUAGUUUAAAAGAAAUAAACGAAUCAACAGUUGUUCUCAUCAGCUAACGUUUGACCUGAACUUUAAAGACUUCAACCACACUUUGCAAAUGCACAUCUAGAAUUUUUUUAAAAUAUGCAAUAUUAUACUACUAAAUGCGAUAAGAAAUAGCGUAGUACUUCAUUAUGUUGACGAUUUCGCUUAAAAUAGUAACACAACUAUGGCUCGUGAUCAACAAAAUAGCAUCGGAAAACUGCAAAUUGAGUCUCUAAAAGAAAAUCAGAAAUUGAUCAUUAAGAACAGUAUGAGGAUAUGACUAGUAGCAAAUGUAUAUGGCUAAUUUAAAAAAGAUUUUAAAAAAUCCAAGUAAACCUACAACAGUUCACGAUACAAGUACGUAGUUGUGUUAUAAUUUUUCAUUUCUGCAUACUUGAAGAAAACCCAACACAUCAUUGGAAAAGGUCCACACAGUGUGGUAUAUAGAGACAAAUUCAUGAUUAUUGAAAGUGUUUUCAAAUGCGUAACUUUUUAUAUUAGUGCAGUUUAAAGCUCCAUAUUUGAUUGUAUUUUCACUUCAUUGUAUGUAAACUUAAAUUUAGUUGUUGAAGGAAAAUACGCCUUUCUAGAGACAACUUGCAGAUUAAUUGAAUUAGGGUUCAAUCAAGCAACAUCCGAAAUAAGGUUGUUUAAAGAGCUAUUGUAAAAUAAUUUAUUAUUUUUAUCUAUCAGUCUGAUGCAUUUUAUUUUAAUUAUUUAUUAUAAUUCGAGCGGAACUUAUAUUCGGGCACCUUGAUCAGGAAUUAAGUUCAAUUUAUCUGAAAAUAAAACAAGGAACUUAAGAUUCAAUUUAAAAAAACGUCUCCAUGUGUUUUCUCAAAAAUUAAUAUUGCCGAAGAUAUUGAAUUUAUUCUACUACGGUUGUUCGCGCUGUAGCAAAUUUCCGCAUUUAUUUGAUAAUAUUCUUUUAAGAAAAAACUAUAUUAACAAAAGUAUACAUUUCAGUGAAGUAUUGGGUAAUUCUCACAUUGUCUUUGUAUUAUCUACGUCGCGCUAACCUGCCAAUUUCUUAUAUUCAUGCGGGUAUCUGAUACCUUACUUUGGUACCACUGUGAUAAAUCGUCUGAUACUUUCAGAACUUUACUCUUCAGCAAUAUUCAUAAGAUAAUAUUAGAGGGAGCAACCUAAUCGUAUAUCGAUGCACAAAUAAGCAAUUUAUUCACUGUAACCUUGCACUAUUCUAAAUAAACUAUGUUAAACGUUGGUUUCCACUUUGCCGCAUAAGUAACAAAAUACGUAAAAGCAACUGCAUUUUUUAAAUAAUUUAAUCCGAACUAUAAAGAAACAUUAUUUAGUGGAAACAAACAGUUAAAUGACUGGUGUUGUUUUAAUGAAUAUUUCGAAACUCUUAUAACUUGAUUUCUAAAUAGGUAACAUUUAAUAUACAACAUCGUGCAUGUAUGAAUAUUUUUAAAUAAUUUCGCCGUACAAUCGUAUUGAUAGGGUUUUUGUUAUAGUAAAGCUUUGAUUCAGAAA